AUGGCAAAAAAGGCUCUUUCGGAGAAGCAAACGAACUUCUCUACUACAGUAGUUGUAAAGAGGGGAAAGCUGAAAAUUCCAACCAAUCAGAUGAUUGAAUUUUUUGAAGGUCCAAUGAACGCAAUUGUCGAACAACUUGAACGCCUUUUCAAGAAGAAAUCAUUUGAUCGUGUUAACACUGUCUUAAUUGUUAGAGGGUUUUCGGAAGCAGACCACAUGAAGAAAAAGUCGUCUUUCCCUGAAAAGGUUGCAAUUCGUCCGAUUGAAGCCAACCUGGCCGUCCUGAAGGGUGCAGUAAUGUUCGGGCACUCCCCACAGGCAAUCUGUGAGCGGGCAAGCCCAAGGACAUAUGGGAUCUGCACAAAUGUUCCAUAUGACGAAAGCAAACAUCAUAGAAUACACCAUUGUGUCUGUGAUGGAAACGAAAUGGCCACCGAUAUUUUCAAGGUAAUGGUGAAGAUUGGUCAGCCCCUUAUCAUGGGUAAAACGAAGGUGGAACACGUAUAUCAUCCAACGCAUGCUUCAGACACCGUAGCUACAGUGGAAGUAUACGAGUCAACAGCAGAAUCUCCGGUGUAUACGAGCGAUCCAGGUUGUCGUCGGUUAGGAGAAUUACGUGUAAAAAUACCGGACAACUCCCGUGGCAAAUCACGGAGGAUCGCGGUAGCAUUACAUUUCGGAUUCACCGAACUGAAAGUCACCGCAACUGAAGAAGGUACAAACCACACGGCGGAAGCUAAGUUCGACUGUCUGAGUACUAGACCAUAGCAUGCUAGCUGUUUGCUAUUCCACGACAACGCAAUUCUGUGAUGCGAGUAUGUGUG